AGUUUUCGGCCGAGAGGAAAUGAUUAGACGAUUUUUAGACAUUUGCUCUGGGACUAUAAAUUUAAACUAAAGACAUCGCACUCCGUAAAUUGUGAUAUACUACAUAAUCAGUCAAGUACUACCACAUCGAUAAUCAUAGAUAAGAGAUUCGUUCCAGAUAAACCGAGAUCUUAUAAAUCAUUACUCUACAUACAAUAAUAUCACUAUGAAGUUACUUAUUUUAUUCAAUUUCCUACAAUUAGUGUGCGUAUAUAGUUUUAAAUACCAUGAACACAUCGGGAUACCAGAAGCUAGUAGAAUAAAAAAGGAAGAAUCAGAAAGUCUCUUAAAAGUGGCAGGUGGACAAUUCGCAAACAUUGAAGCUCACCCGUUCUUCGGUGGCCUGGUAAUAGCUUUAUCAUCGGAAGAAAUAUCAGUAUGCGGAUCAUCAUUACUCUCAAACACCAAGUUAGUGACAGCAGCGCACUGCUGGUUCGACGGUGUCAAGCAGGCCAUCAUGUUCGAAGUCGUUCUUGGGUCUAUAAAGUUAUUCUCUGGCGGAACUAGAAUCAUUACUGAUGACGUUGUACCGCAUGUCGGUUUUAACGACAACCUUCAAAGUGAUAUUGCCAUCAUUACGAUUGAUUUCGUCAAUUUUAAUGAUUACAUUCAACCGAUUGUUCUGCCAAAGGACUCGAGGGAGACGUACGAUGGUGUUUCAUGUAAGGCUGUCGGAUAUGGGCAGACAGGUGUGGACAAUCCAAUAGGUAUCAACCAGCAACUGAGUUACGUUUACUUGAAUGUUAUUAACAAUGAUUUGUGUGCUGAAGUGUAUGGUAGAUUAAUAACAGAUAAGUCGAUAUGUACGAGUGGUGAGUACGGGAAAGGGCCAUGUGGUGGUGAUUCGGGUGGUCCUAUUUGUUAUAAAACUGGUGAUGAGUAUAUACUCAUUGGUGUUAUAUCCUUCGGAUCCUCACUGGGCUGUCAAGCUGGACUACCAACUAGUCAUACGAGAAUCACAUCGUAUAUUGACUGGAUACAAAACAGAUUGUAAAUUUUAUUUUGUAAUUUGUUAAAGAAAUAAAUUUUAUUAAAGUAAUUUUUUUUUAAAGCUACGAUGGAGGCAAAUAAGCAUACGGCUCAUCUGAUGGUAAACGGUUACCGUAACCUAUAGACGCUUGAACAGCAGGGAUGUGAUGAGCGCGUCGCCGACAUUUGAGAAACCUUUAUGUAAAAUUCCAUGCUAUAGUAAAACCUCGGCAAGUAGUUCAUUCCAAAAUCUAAGUGUAAAGUGGAGAAAUCAUCUUUGAAACCGCACUGUUUGAGACCACUUAGGUUCCA